UAAAAGUUCGUUUCAAGUAGUAGCAGUGCGAUCGAGUUGUUUUUCGCUUUUUUUCCACUUGAACGGGAAACACGCCCUGACGGCAUGGCGGAGAAGAAGAGAAAAAAGAGAGACGAGAACGGGCACAAAAAUAGGGGAGAAUUCAAGAAGAAGAAGAAGAACGGUCGCAAUAGCUCGAAGCAGGACAGGGAGGCUAGGAGGAGAACGGGUCCUCGUUUGCCCAAUGCCCUACGGAAGGAACUUGAUCUCUUAAACUCUACUACUCAGCUCUCUGACGACGACGCAGCCAGCGACUCCGAUGUGGCCGCAACCAACGACCUUUACGAGUAUGAAGAAGCUCUACCGGAGGAGGAAUCCAAGAAGAAUAAACGAUUUGACUCCGUUGAUAACUACGAAUAUGAGCUCCCGGAGGAAUUUGAGGAUGAAGAUGUAGCAUCAGAUGAUGGCAAUGAUGAAGGAGAUGAGGCUAAUAGGGGCGGUGAUGAGCUUGAUAAUGAAGAUGACGGAAGGCAUUCUAGGAUGCUGCAAGAGAUCACUGGAUUGCCUGGUGAUGCCUUUGAAGGUAAGAGGAAGAAUAGUGAUUUUGUCAUAUCUGAGGCAUAUCCGGAGUCUGAAUACAAUCCCAGUCGUGAUAUUCUUGAGGGUGACAGCCGCAUAAGCAUUGAGGACCUUUUGGAUCCACUUCAUGGGAAGUCCGGCUUCAGUAAACUCAGGAAGGAUGUGCAUCGAAUGGAAAGGAAGUCUUUGUCCCUUAACGCACCUCUUCCAAGAUCAGAUCAAGAGAGAUUGGAAAGAAAGGCAGCUUAUGAGCUGUCAAAGAAGGAUAUUACAAAGUGGGAACCUCUUGUUAAGAGGAACCGAGAAGCACCCACUAUAUAUUUUGAUGAAGAAACAGAUGUGGGGUUUUCCACUGUUGGAUCAAUAGCUUCUGAAUUUAAACCAAGGAGUGUUUUUGAGAAGAAAAUUGCAUCAUUGGUCAAUGAUAAUGAUAUUAUUGAAGCUCAUAGAAAAGACGGUGCUAGACUUUUGGAACUGAAUAAGAUAUCUGUUGAAGAUGUGAGGGAUCAACAGAAUCGGCUUGCAAAAAUGCGUAGUCUUCUUUUCCGUCAUGAACUGAAAGCAAAACGUAUAAGAAAGAUAAAGUCUAAAACAUAUCAUCGUCUGUUGAAGAAAGAUCGCCUGAAAGCAACUGCUGCUGCAAUGGAAAUGGACCCAGAAGCUGCUAAAGAACUUGCAAUGAAACAAGAGUUCAAGAGAGCAGAGGAACGCUUGACGUUGAAACACAAGAACAGCUCAAAGUGGGCAAAGCGCAUUCUCCAGCGCGGUUUGAAUAUCCAAGAUGAUGGGACUCGAGCUGCUAUAGCUGAACAACUCAAUCAACAUGCUCUGCUGACAAGAAAAAUGAAUUCUAUGAUGGGAAGUAGUGACGAGAGCAGUGAUGAGGAUUACUCUGAUGACAUUUUAAUUGAUUCAGAUCAAGAAGGUCCAUCAACAAUGUUAAAGAAAGCAAAGGAAAAGACACUUGAAAUACUAGAAGGGAAUGAAGAGUUGCCUAAGUCAGGAGUUCUUUCUUUGCCUUUCAUGGUCCGUGGCUUGAAAAAAAGAAAAGAGGCUGCUGAUGAAGAAGCAAGGCUUGCUCUUCAGGAUUAUGAGCUGUCAUUGAAGCAAUUGGAAGAUAAAAAUGAGGAAGAUAGUGAAAACCUCCAUGUCUCCAGCGGGAGAAGGGUUUUUGGUGCUACUAAAAGGCAGGUUCAAGAAUUUAAGGAUAAGAACAAUUCAGAUAAUUACUAUGGAAACAGUGACAGCGACGAAGGCCUUGAGGCCAUUGGAGGUGAUGAGGAAGAUGGAAUGGACAAGAAUAAUGAGUCUCAGACAGAUGUCAAUAUCAAUCCUGAUGUAUUGCGUGAGGAGUCCGAGAUUGGCCAUGACCCUAUUUUUAAGAGUUUUGAGGACAUUGUUAAAGAACCAGGCCCCAGAACUACGUACGAAGUCGCUCUUUUUGCGUCCAAUUCAUCGAAAAAGAUGAAAAACGUUGAUGAGAAAAUAGGAGUCCAGAACGAGGAAGUCUCUGAUUGCAACACAACCAGGUACACUGAAAUGGGGGACCUAGAUAUGGAGGGAGAGAAUGCUGAUAGUGAUACAGAGAGCGAAGGACAGAUGGUGGAUGGCAUUUUGUCUUCUGGAACUAAGUCCACUUAUGAGCAACCAUCCCAGGAAGAACUUAUACGCCGUGCUUUUGCGGGAGAUGAUGUUGAAGAGGAAUUUGAAAAAGAUAAAGAAGUGGUUUUGAAUGAGGAAAAUCCUGAACCAGAAAAACCGACUCUACUUCCUGGAUGGGGUCAGUGGACUCACAUACAGAAAUCGAAAGGAUUACCUUCUUGGAUGAUGGAAGAACAUGAGAAUGCUAAAAAGAAAAGGGAGGAAGCCCUUAAGAAGAGGAGAGAUGCGCAGCUGAAUCAUGUUAUAAUAUCUGAGAAGCUGGAUAAGAAGGCUGAAAAACUUCAUAUGAAGACAUUGCCCUUUCCUUACACAUCCAAAGAAGUUUUCGAACAAAGUAUGCGAAUGCCUAUUGGACCAGAAUUUAACCCUGCUACAGCAAUUGGAGCUCUUAAUCGCCCAGAAGUGGUGAAGAAGGCUGGUCUAAUAAUAAAGCCAAUAAGGCUUGAGGAUGUUGAUCCCCAUGAAAAGGUGGAGAAUAAUAGAAGCAAAAGACAGAAGCAGCAGAUGAGCAAAAGUAAAGGCAAAUCCAAUAAAAAUAUGAAGUCAAGGGGACCUUGAAGACUGAGUGAUGAGUCGUUUUAUGCCUGAAAUUUGUACGAGCAGGCAAGUAAUCUACUGAUUUUCUGAGGUUUUCAGUUUUGGCAUAGGCAGGAAGGAGGUUGCCCAAUCCUUUAUUAACAUAUCUAGGGGGCGUUUGGUUCGCAGCUUGGAAUCGGAUUCGGAUUUGGAAUCGGAUAUCCUGGGUUUGGAAUGAGACCUUUCAUUCCAAUACAUCUGUUUGGUUCAAGUAUCUGAAAUGGGUAUCAUUACUAUACUUGAUGUUUGGUUCGUUGGUUCUUUCGGAAUGGAAUCUAAUAAAUUUCCAAUUUUAACCUUA